CAGAAGGGCUGGAGUCGUGGUUACAGCACAAGUGAAAUGCACAGCAUGUAAAUCCCAGCACAAAAGCCUUCUUCUCUGCCUUACAAUAAUUCAGUCAGCCCAUGAAAUGCCUGCCGGUGGCUGCUGAAAAACUGUCGGGUUUAUAAGCAAGUAUCCAAUCGAGGAUAUUGGGACAGCUCUGGCUCUGGCUCUUUGUGAUUUGUGUGCUAAUUGUGUGGGUGCUUUGGGGAAUACAGCAGAGAAGCCGAGUGUUUCCUGACUGCAUCCAGUGAAGAAAGACAUAUACACAGUGCUGCUCCGUGGAUAGUGGUUAAGUGAUUAAGCAUCCAGCCCCAGCUGAGAAAAUGGUUUCAUUGUCAGUCAGCUGUACUGGCAGCCUGUAAGAACUGAUUCUGCCUAGUUAAUGCAAUGACCUGCUCAAAGACUGGAGCUCUAAUUUAACAAAAAAGAAGAAAGCUUUUUCCUCAGCAUAGUUCGAUUAAGGGUCUUGCAUUCAAGGGAAAAGUGUUCUAUUCACAAGCGAUUGGAUGAGAGUCUUCUUUGCCCUUGGCAACUGAAGAUGAUGUUACUAUGGAAACGACUUUUCCUGCUAUCAAUCAUUGGCUGCCUUGCAGAAGACAGAGUAUUCAAUGGACCAAGCUGGGUGAAUGAACCAAGCAACCUCAUUCUCCCUAUUGAUUUACCAGAACAGGAGGCAACCUUGACCUGCGAGGCCAAGGGGAACCCUGCUCCACAAUACAGAUGGUCACUAAAUGGAACACUGAUUGAUCUCGGCAUUGACAACCGACAUCGCUUGUCUGAAGGCAGCCUAAUAAUUAAAAAACUGGACAAAAACCAAGAUACAGGAAUAUACCAGUGUAUUGCAACAAAUCCAUCGGGAACCAUUGUUAGCAGGGAAGCAAGCCUACAGUUUGCAUUCAUCGAUAAUUUCAAAACUCAGUCAAGAAGUACAGUGUCUGUUCGAGAAGGACAAGGAGUUGUGCUGCUGUGUGGACCUCCAAUGCAUUCUGGCGAACUUACGUAUGCAUGGAUCUUCAAUGAAUAUCCUUACUUUGUCCAGCAAGACAAUCGACGUUUUGUGUCUCAAGAAACAGGAAAUCUGUACAUUGCCAAAGUGGAGCCCUCGGACGUAGGCAACUAUACCUGUGCUGUGAUCAACAGCAUAACAAAGGGCAAAGUUCUGAGUUCACCCACUCCUUUAGUCCUGAGGAAUGAUGGGGCAAUGGGUGAAUAUGAACCAAAAAUAGAAGUACAUUUUGCUGAGACUGUUCCUGCUGCUAAAGGAUCAGUUGUUAAACUUGAGUGCUUUGCUUUGGGAAACCCAGUUCCUGAAAUAUCCUGGAGGAGGACUAAUGGAGUUCCAUUUCCAAGCAAAGUCAAAAUGAAGAAAUCUAAUGCAGUCCUUGAGAUUCCAAAUUUUCAACAAGAAGAUGCAGGGUCUUAUGAAUGUAUUGUGGAGAAUACAAGAGGCAAAAAUGCUGCAAAAGGGCGUCUCUCUUUUCAUGCUAAGCCCCACUGGAUACAAACAAUAAGAGAUACAUCCAUGUCAAUCGAGGACAGUCUGUCUUGGGAUUGUAAGGCCAAUGGAAAACCAAGGCCUUCCUACAGCUGGUUGAAAAAUGGACAGACAUUACUGGUGGAGGAUAGAAUACAAAUUGAAAAUGGAGCACUUACAAUAGCAUCCCUAAAUAUGUCAGAUUCUGGGAUGUAUCAAUGUGUUGCAGAAAACAAACAUGGUAUUAUAUAUUCUAGUGCUGAACUAAUGGUAUCAGCUUCUGCUCCUGAUUUUUCAAAGAACCCACUAAAGGCCUUGCUUAAAGCUCGCUCAGGCAGUGAAGUGAUUUUAGAGUGCAGGCCCCAAGCUUCUCCCAAAGCAAUUAGCUUGUGGAAGAAGGGGAAUGAGAUUCUUCACAGAAAUGAAAGUAGGGUCACUCUUCUUCAAGAUGGAACCCUUAAAAUAGUAAAUGUCACAAAGGCUGAUGGAGGAAGCUAUACCUGUGUGGCAAGAAAUCAGUUCGGAAUUGCAAGCACAACAGGAAGAUUACUCAUAACAGACCCUACAAGGAUAAUCCAAGGACCAACAAACAUGGAAAUAAUAGUUGGGGAAAGCAUUGUUAUACCAUGCCAGAUUUCUUACGAUCCAGCAUUGGAUGUAUCAUUUUCCUGGUCUUUCAAUGGGCAGCUCAUAGAUUUUGACAAGGAUGGAGAUCAUUUUGAAAAAGUGGGUGGGAGUAUAGCAGGAGAUCUGAUGAUCCGAAACAUCCAAUUGAAUCAUGCUGGAAAAUAUGUCUGUCUUGUAAAUACAGAUGUAGAAAGUUUGUCAUCUGCAGCCGUACUAAUUGUAAAAGGUCCCCCAGGCCCUCCAGAAGCUGUAACAGUGGAAGAGAUCACAGACAGCACAGCUCAGCUAUCCUGGAGGCCAGGGAGAGACAAUGGAAGUCCUAUUACCGGCUAUAUCAUACAGGGGAGAACACCAUUCACUGUGGGAUGGCAGGCAAUUGAUACAGUUCCUGAGGUUAUUGAUGGCAAUACAUUAACAGCCACAGUAGUGGAUCUAAAUGCAUGGGUGGAGUAUGAAUUUCGUGUAGUGGCAAGUAACAGUGUUGGAGUUGGGGAACCUAGUCCACCAUCAAUCAAAACUCGAACAGAAGAUGCAGUUCCUGACACAGCUCCUACUGAUGUAAGCGGAGGUGGUGGCAUUAAGACAGAAUUAGUAAUAACAUGGGAGCCCAUCCCUGAGGAACUACAAAACGGUGAAGGUUUUGGAUACAUCGUUGCAUUUCGACCCGCCUCCACAGUGACGUGGACACGAGUGAUCAUAACCACACCAGGAAUAGCUCGAUAUGUCUAUCGAAAUGACAGCAUUUCACCAUUUUCUCCUUUUGAUGUAAAGGUUGGAGCAUUCAAUAACAAAGGAGAAGGGCCUUUCAGUCCUAUAGUAACUGUAUAUUCUGCUGAAGAAGAACCCAGUGCAGCACCAGAGAUAGUUUCAGCAAAAAGUGUUUCUGCUUCACAAAUUGAAGUUGUCUGGCAGGCUCUUUCCUCAAAGAUGACCUCUGGAAGGGUGCUUGGAUAUGAGGUUGUGUACAUGGAAUAUGACUCAAAACCUGAUACUUUAGGGAAAGUAAGGGUAUAUGGGAAUCAGACAUCAGUUAAUAUUACUGGUUUGAAAGGAAACAGCUUAUAUAACAUAGCAGUGAAUGCAUUUAAUACUGCUGGAACAGGCCCUUCUUCUGUUUCAUUUAACGUCACAACCAAAAAACCACCACCAAGUCAACCUCCAUCAAAUAUUGAGUGGAACCUGAUUGGCUUAAAGCUAACUUUAAGUUGGGAUCCUGUGACAGCAAUGGAAAAUGAGUCUGAAGUCACAGGGUAUCAAGUAUUAUUCAGAAGAUACAAAAGCAACAUUGUUAAUAUACUCACAACUAACAAGACCACUGUGGAUCUGAACCUUGCUGCACACGAUGACUAUCUAAUACAGGUUAAAGCCUUAAGUGAAGGAGGAGAGGGAGCUGGCAGUGAACAAAUUAGGAUUCAUAAACUAAGUAUGAGUGCUAGAGGCUCCAGUACUUCAACUUUCAAUGCCUUCACCCUUUCGGUGGUCCUCAUAGUACUGUUUUCUACAUUCAGAUCUACAUUGCUAACUAGUGCAAAUGCUUUACAUUGGUGUGAGCAUGCCUUAAGAAAGAAUGAACAUGGGACAAAUGAAAGCUACUUUUAAGAAAGAAAACAGAUGAAGCACACAAACAUCAGAUGGAAGAUAAUGCAUACAGUACUAUAGUAAGUAUAUUAUGUAAAAAUAUGAAUUAAAUUAUAAAUACAAGGAAAAAAGGGAAGCUAUACAAUGACACAUGACUGAUUAUAAUAUCAUCGAAACUACAGUCAACAUGUCCCCAUAUGCAGUAUAAGGUCUGCUGUUUUGGCAUAAUUAAGGAAUUAUUAAGACAUCUGAAUUAAUUAUAGCAUGCUGGAAGUUUUCAGGUCCAGUGGAAUUAUGGCUGUUGUUAUAUCCAAGCAUGAUACAUGUAGUGAGAACUGUAAUGGGAACUAUCAGUGCAAAUUCUAAACCUGUAUCUUGCUGAGAAAAAGCUUGUGGUCUUCUGUAGAUCACAUCCAUCUGAAUUGGGAUUGGAUAACCUGAAAAUGUAAAAAAAAAUGAAAAUAUCAUUUUUUCAUUGAACUGCUGUAGGGUUGUGCCUUUAUUUAACAAGUACUGUUAUACCUGAUAAAGGUUAAGUCUCACAUUCCCAUGGAUGAUACACUUUGUGCACAUACAUUGCACUUGAUUUCAGAGUUGAAAGAAAUCACAAGGGAAUGAACCAAGGUGACACAGCACCCCUGUUCAGCUGCUGUUCAUCCACUGGAACAGGUGUUCAGGCCUAUGAGUCUGAUUAAAGUCCUUAGCAGUUACCAUUAGGUUGUCCUAUCCACUCAUUGUGUGAUUUCAUAAAGGCCUGUGUUCUUUGAUUAGAUUCUGCUGCAGUGAAGUCAAUGGGAUAUUGAUUUUCUCUCUUAUUAUUGCAGCUGUCACAAUUUAGACAGUAGAUUGACUGAUGCCAGUGUACUUGUUGUGGGCAUUUGUUUGACUGCCUAUCUGUCUCUAUCUGUCUCACUCUCACCUGUUUUUAUUCUACACAUCACAAAUCAUAAAUCAUGCUGGGUCUUAAAUGUAAUCAGUCCUUUAUCUGAUGAAAAAGAGAUGAACUAAUAAAAAAUCAAGCUUGUAAUCUCUAAAACAUACAUAUGUGUAUUAAGUAGCACUGCAUUUCCUCAUUAAAGAUGAGAAGCUGUGUAAUUAGAUCAUUAUAACAGUUUCCCUUAGCAUCCUCAUGAUUAAAAACAUCAGCAACAACACAAAAUGGUUUUACUAAUAAGAUUAAAUCACGAUGAAUCUGUUUCUACUGUCUUUUGUCAUUGACAAUACAAUAUUGCUAUUCAAUCAUUAAAUAUUAAAUCUACCAAUAGAAUGGAAAUUUGAAAAGAAGUAAUACAGUAUAUACAAAAAGCAAAUUUCCUUUCUAAGUUACCUUAAAGGUCAAGUGUUGGCACAAAAAUAGGAACAAAAAAUCUAAAAUUAGCAGAUAAAACAACAGCAUGUGUACAUUCCAAAAAGAUUCACCCACUUCUAAUCUUAUUUUCUGCAUUUGAGGAAAGCAUUCUGUACACAGUGAAAAUUCAAAGCCAUCAGUCACUGUAUAUAACACUUCCUUUCCAUCCAUUGAUUACACAUUUGUAAGCAAAUAUUUCAGUAUUCUUUUUGUGAAAAGUGUUUUAUGAUUGAUAUCCCAAAAGUUUGUAAAAAAAAACCAUAGUGGUCUUCUAGAAGUGGUAAAAGGAUAUAAUAAGUCAGGAUAUUAUCUUACAGUAAGUAAUGAGCACAAACAUAAGACAUAUCGUAUAUUAUUUGGGAUAGACAUCUGCAAAACUAAUUUCUUGUACAGUUACUGUAUAUGUGAUAAGAGUGGGAAAAUGAGAGUUGUAUAAAGAAAAAUGAAUUAACCCAUAGUUCUCAGUGUUGACUAAGUCACCCAUGUAUGAAACACAGAACACCUGAACAAUCAAAAGACAGAGUCCGCCAGUUUAAAAUAUGGUAUUUCCACAAAAGAGAAACAGUUAUCUUAUUGGAUAAAUAGAAAGAAUAUUAUGUGUCAGAAAGGCAAACAUACGUAAUACGUUUUCAACACUUGGCCUUUAAUUGUUAAUACUGCUGUAUUAAUUCAAUGUUUUCCCUAUCUCUGUGAGAUAGCUGAUCCAAAAAUAUGGUGAUUUCAUAUUGAAAAGUAAUGGGUUUGUCUUGUAUACUAAUGUUGUGCAUGUAGAACAUUGUUUGGUGCAUUUGUGUAAAGUUUUAUAAUACUGUAACUUAAUAAAAUGU